AUGAUAAAUGGAACGAAUUUAAUUACAAAUUAUCGUAAACAAGUACUUGUUAUAGGUGUUACUCACCUUGGUUGUCAAGCUUGUCGAAAUCAAGCCAUUAAAUAUAAUGAUUUGUAUCGUGAUCUUGCACAUCAUAACAUACGUGAAGCAGAUGCACGUCUUGUUCUUGUUAAUGAACAACAUGGAGCACAGUAUUUACCUGGUAUUUAUUAUGGUAAAAUUCGACUUUUUCAAGAUAAUCACAAAGAUCGAUUCAUAGAAAAAUUAGGCCUUCAUGGACAAAGAUUAAAUAAUCUGAUAUUUGGAAAAUGUGGUGAUCUUGUCUAUACUCAAAGAUAUCCUAAUUCGAAUAUUGAAGAAGAAGCAAAUUAUCAACAACUUCUUCGCAUUACUAUGACAGUUGCCAAGAAUAAGCAAUCUUGUCAUAAAAUGUGUAGUUAA